AUGUCCAUGUCUCCGGCUGAUAUGCAGAAGCAAAAGGCGCAAUUCUGCCAGCAACAGAUGGUCAUCGUCAAGACCCAGAUGAACACAAAGAACCGCGAAAACCGCAUGCUCCAGCUGACUGCUGCCGAACUGGACGGUCUGCCAUCCGACGCCAACGUCUAUGAAGGUGUCGGAAAGAUCCCAAAGACCGACGUCAAGGUUCGCUUGACAAAGGACCAAGAGACCAUCAAGAAGGACAUGGAGGGUCUGGAGAAGAAGAUGCACUACCUCGAGACAACAUACAACAACAGCAAGACCCACUUGGACGCCAUCUUCAAGAACGGCGGCAGAUGA